UCCCUUCCCUCCACUUCCCGUGGCACUGCCUGCGGAGCGAGGCAUGGCGAGCCGGUCUUACCGCAUCAGCUCCGGCUACCAGGCCAGGAAUUUUAGCUCCUGCUCUGCCGUCAUGCCCAAGCCCGGGGCUCACAGUUGUGCCAGUGCCAUGGCUUACCGUGGAGGCAGCCCCGGGGGGCCAGGCUACAGGCGCCUCGGCGGCUUCGGCAGCCGGAGCCUGUGUGCAGUGGGAUCCCCUCGGAUCGCAGUGAGUUGCGCGCGCCCCUUACGCAGUGGGGGAAACUUCGGCUACAGAGCAGGGGGCCUUUGUGGGCCCAGCCCGCCCUGCAUCACCACUGUGACAGUCAACGAGAGCCUGCUCGCGCCCCUCAACCUGGAGCUAGACCCCAACGCGCAGUGCUUGAAGCAGGAGGAGAAAGAGCAGAUCAAGCAUCUCAACAACAAGUUUGCUGCCUUCAUCGACAAGGUGCGCUUCUUGGAGCAGCAGAACAAGCUGCUGGAGACCAAGUGGCAGUUCUACCAGGACCGCAAGUGCUGCGAGAGCAACCUGGAGCCGCUGUUCAGUGGCUACAAGGAGACGAGGAGGCGGGAGGCAGAGUGCGUGGAGGCCGACAGCGGGAGGCUGGCCUCAGAGCUCAACCACGUGCAGGAGGUGCUGGAGGGCUUCAAGAAGAGGUAUGAAGAAGAGGUGGUCCUCAGGGCCACAGCUGAGAACGAGUUCGUGGUGCUGAAGAAGGACAUAGACAGCGCCUACCUGCGCAAGGCAGACCUGGAGGCCAAUGUGGAGGCGCUGAAGGAGGAGAUGCACUUCCUGCAGGCCCUCUAUGAGGAGGAAAUCUACGUCCUUCAGUCACAAAUCUCUGAUACCUCGGUGGUGGUCAAGAUGGACAACAGUCGGGAGCUCAACAUGGACUCGGUUGUGGCCGAGAUCAAGGCUCAGUAUGACGAUGUGGCCAGCCGCAGCCGAGCCGAGGCUGAGUCCUGGUACCAAACCAAGUGUGAGGAGAUGAAGGCCACAGUGACUCAGCAGGGCGAGAACCUCCGAAGAACCAAGGAUGAGCUCAAUGACCUGAACCGCAUGAUCCAGAGGCUGACAGCGGAGGUGGAGAAUGCCAAGCAGCAGCGCCGCAAGCUGGAGGCCGCCGUGGCGCAGGCGGAGCAGCAGGGCGAGGCGGCCGUCAGCGACGCCCGCUGCAAGCUGGCCGGCCUGGAGGAGGCCCUGCAGAAGGCCAAGCAGGACAUGGCCUGCCUGCUCAAGGAGUACCAGGAGCUCAUGAACUCCAAGCUGGGCCUGGACGUGGAGAUCGCCACUUACCGCAAACUGCUGGAGGGCGAGGAGAGCCGGCUGUGUGAAGGCAUGGGCUCAGUCAAUAUCUGUGUCAGCCGUUCCCAGGGCGGUGUGGUCUGUGGGGACCUCAGUUCCACCAUCCCUUGUGGCCCAGGGGGCAUGGCCAUCAGCAGCAGUGCCCUGUGCUCCCCCUCUGUAGCAGGGGCCUGCUCCAGCGCAAGAUCUGUGCAGUUUGCAUAGUAGGGGUAGGGGUUGGGGGUUGGGACUCUGGAUGGAUGAAGUCUCAUAGGGGUAAGGGUAGGGACCAGGAGGAGGAAAGCUUUUCUCUUUCAGGCCCAAAUGUCAGUUUAGUAAUUUCCCCUUACUGGGAACCCAGACUGACUCUCCAGUUUCCUUCUUAUCAAAGUUGUGAUUUACUCUGAGUGCAAACCCUAGAUUUGGCAUUAUUGCCACUUUCAUUGAUUCCUUCCCCCUUGUGGUCCUGGAAAGGGAUUUAAAGGCUUUUUUUAUGUAAAAUGCUAAGUCUCUUUUGCCCACCUAACUUCAGGUUAGCCAUUUCCCAAGUACUGACUGUGUGCCAGGCUCUCUGGGAAGGGAGCCAGGGGGAGGGAUGGCAGUGUGCUGGCAGCCUCUGGGCUUUGCCCUUGAUGAGGGGCUGUGCAUGUCACCUCAGGGUUGAGGGGGCCUGUGGGGCAAGUUCAGCUGCGGCUCUGGGAGGCCCCUCACUUGAUCUGAGAGAUUGUAGGUUCCUAGAGUGUCCCCCAACUAUUCAUAUGUCAGGAUGGAAGGACUGGCGGAGGCUAAUCGGCUGAGAUUUUUAUUGUUGGUGGUUUGGAAUUUUAUUGUAUUUGGGUGAUUUUUUUAACAUGUGUGAUUAAAUGUGGAAGGCUAAAGGCUUCCUCCCGGUAACCAAGUUGAUGUCUGUAAUUGUCCUCCCACCUGCCCUCAUUCCUGACUGUUUUAGAGCUUCUCCAAGUGUGGUCCCCAGACCAGAGGCUGCAGCAGGGGCCUGGGGGGCAUAGAAAAACCUUCGAGUUCUUCUCCCUGGAAGUGCAGUCCUCCCGAUGCCUCUAGAAUGUGUCCCCAGGACCACAUUGGUCCUCUUGGACCUUGAGAGGACCAGAUUUUUCUUAGUUUAGUGGCCCCCUAGCCUCUGCUUCCUGGACCCAGAGGGUCUGCAUUCUGGGCACAUCAUGGUCUGGAUCCCACCAAGGGGUAAAAUCAGGUUCAAAGGACUUCCAGGCCUUCUGCGAGGAGGGGAGGGGGUCCCAC